UUAUGGUUCAUGUGACAGCCUUGAACCAGAUUCCGCUACCCUAUAUUUGUUUGAACUUUGUAUAAUAAGCCGAGACGUGAACAAGUAUGGCUUGCAAACAGAUAUGCAUAACAUUGGUUGCAGUUUGUUCUAUCCUUUUAGUAAUAGUUCUAGUUAGAACUUUCACUUUGGUCCCCAGAAAAGAUGCUGUCAUUGCAUGUAAAACAGCUGAUUCCGAUUUUAUCAAGCUAACUGACCAAAUAGUAAAGAGGUUUCAACGAGCAUUACAGAUUAAAACAAUAUCCUUUAAACGGGGAGAUUAUAACAGAGACCAACUGCUUCUCCUUAGCUCACACUUGGAAAAAAGUUUUCCACUUGUUCACUCGUCUCCAUUAGUAAAGUUAGACAUAAUAGCAAACUACAGCAGACUUUAUACAAUAACUGGAUCAAACACAAGUUUAACUCCAUACCUAUUAACAGCUCAUUUAGAUGUGGUACCAGCUAUUCCAGAAGAGUGGGAGUUCCCUCCCUUUGAAGCACAAAUUAAGGAUGAAUAUAUAUAUGCAAGAGGAGCUAUUGAUUUUAAACAAGGAAUUAUGGGUAUAUUAGAAGCUUUAGAGUAUCUAUUGUCUAAAGGAUUCAAACCAAACAGACCAUUUUACAUAGCAUUUGGACAUGAUGAAGAAGUUACUGGGGUUGAUGGAGCUAGAGUAGUCGGCCAAGAACUAAAAGCUAGAGGACUAAAGAAAUUAGAAUUCUUAUUAGAUGAAGGACUGGCAGUUUUAAAUGGUUUUAUUCCAGGAAUACAAAAGCCUGUAGCAUUAAUUGGUAUUGGAGAGAAAGGUUUUUUGACCUUGAAGUUACAUGUGAAAGGUGAAGCAGGUCAUUCCUCUAUGCCACUCAAGGAAACAGCCAUUGGAAUUUUGGCAAAAGCUGUUGUUAAGAUAGAAGAUAAUCCACUGCCAAGUAUGUUAGGGUAUGGCCCAGAGAAAGAAAUGUUAGAACAUUUAGCACAUGAGAUGCCAUUAGCAGCCAGGAUCAUUAUGUCUAACUUGUGGUUGUUUGGACCUCUUGUUUCUUGGGUUUUCUCACAGAAACCUCCCACAAAUGCUAUUAUUAGAACUGUCACAUCAGUAACUAUGUUUAACGGAGGAGUCAAGACUAAUGUAUUACCAUCUGAUGCUACAGCCUACAUAAACCAUAGAAUUCACCCAGCACAAAGCAUUCAAGAGAUAAUAGAUUAUGAUAGAGCUAUAAUAAAUGAUGACAGAGUGAAAUUAUCAGUUGAAGAUUCUAUGGUAGCUGCAUCUGGUUCCCCUUCUGGAGAAAAUGAUUUUGGGUACCAGAUAAUCAGUAAUAGUAUCAGACAAAUCUGGACCAAUGCCACCACAGCACCAGCAUUGCUCUUUGGUAAUACCGACACAAGACAUUACUCAAUGAUUACUAAAAACAUCUACAGAUUCUGUCCAACAGUGAUGUUUCUUGGUGACGAAAAACGAUUCCAUGGUAUCAAUGAGAGAAUUUCAAAAAAGAAUUUGGAACAAGCUAUAAACUUUUAUUACCAUAUUAUAACCAAUGCUGAUGAAAAUUCACUGACAAAUAUACACCAACAUAGUGAUGAGUUGUAAAAAUACUGGUAUUUCUUACCAAUAUAGAGUUUUCAUUGUCACAAAUAUUUUAUGAAGAACAUGAGUUAAUUUUACAUAUUUUUUAAAAAGAUUUUCCAGUGGUAUUGCUACAUGUUUAUCAUUUUAAAUUGGUUCAGAGAAAGCAACUAAUGUAAAAUUAGGACAGUAUUUAAACUCAUCUAUGAGGGUUCUAAACAAGUUUUUACGCAAAUGUGGUAUAUUGUAAAAGAACCCAUUUCAUUUUGCUUUUACAAUGAUAUAACAUAUUUUCCAAGUUUAUUUAAUUUUUAUGUCCUUGCUACCCUAGUAGAGAGGGACAUGUUUUUUUAGUUUGUGUUGUCGUCUAUUUGUGCUUCCAUUUGGUUAUAAAUUCAAGUUGUGGUUCCUGCAGGUUAUUUUUUUUUCACAUUAAACAUGCAUCUUGGUACUCAUUUUCAUUUUGAAGUGAACUGUUAUAUAAAUAAGUCAAAUUAUGGUUUUUAAACCAAAAUGGAGUUUGUAAUGAACAUUGUCAUAUCUCACUCACUGUUUUGGUCUGCUUUUGCCACCAAGUCCCCACCACUUAAUUCUGUCAGUGCCAUGAAAUUUUUUCGAUAUAAGUUUUUUUAUUUGUUGUUGCAUAGCUAGAUGUUGAUAUUCUUUAAUGGUUGUUUUAUUUUUUAUUUUUAUUAAUUAUUGGUCAGUAUAAUAAUAUUGGAUUAAGAAUUUUAUUUCUUUGUAACUUUUUGAAUGAAUCUCAAGCUUUUAUACCUAAUUUUUAGCUCACCUGGCCCAUAGGGCCAGGUGAGCUUUUCUCAUCACUUGUCGUCCGUCAUCUGUCGUCGUCCGUCGUUGUUAACUUACAAAAAUCUUCUCCUCUGAAACUUCUGGGCCAAACUAAACCAAACUUGGCCACAAUCAUCAUUGGGGUAUCUAGUUUGAAAAAUGUGUGGCGUGACCCAGCCAACCAACCAAGAUGGCCGCCAUGGCUAAAAAUAGAACAUACGGGUAAAAUACAGUUUUUGGCUUAUAACUCAAAAACCAAAGCAUUUAGAGCAAAUCUGACUGAGGUAAAAUUAUUUAUCAGGUCAAGAUCUAGCUGCCCUGAAAUUUUCAG